GGCACCGGCUGGAUGUCCGUGUCCGGCUCACACGUGCGCGCCGGUGCUACCGAAGCAGCAAGACGCGGAAGACUCGCACAGUCCUGCGGACAGACGCGGCCACGAUGACCGGGAACCACUGGGGAUACGGGAAGGAGAACGGGCCAUCUGUGUGGCACCAAAACUACCCCGUUGCCGAGGGAAACCGACAGUCUCCCAUUGACAUUGACCCUCAUGAGGCUUCACAUGACUCCACCCUGAGCCCGAUUGUCCUGGACUACGAUCACUGCUCCUCCAUCAACAUCACCAACAAUGGACACUCUGUGCUGGUGGACUUUGAUGACUCUGAUGAUCGGUCAGUGAUCCAGGGAGGUCCUCUUGAGAACCCGUACAGACUGAAACAGUUUCACUUCCACUGGGGUGGAAAAGGCUGCCAUGGCUCGGAGCACACCGUGGCCGGGAAAAGCUACGCAUCUGAGCUUCAUUUAGUGCACUGGAACGCUGUCAAGUACAGGACAUUUGGAGAAGCUGCGACAGCUCCUGAUGGCCUCGCCGUGCUUGGCAUCUUUUUAGAAACAGGAGAUGACCACAGGUGGCUCCACACUGUCACAGACGCUCUGUACAUGGUCAAGUUCAAGGGGAGUGUCACUGAUUUUAAAAGUUUCAACCCCAAGUGCCUCCUUCCCAGCAGUCUCCACUACUGGACCUACCUGGGCUCACUGACCACGCCCCCUCUGUACGAAAGCGUCAUCUGGAUUGUCGUCAAGGAGCCAAUCACUGUGUCCGAAAAACAGUUGGGCAAAUUUCGACUGCUGCUCUUCACUGGGGAGGAAGAGGAUCAGAGGCUUCGCAUGGAGAACAACUACAGGCCUCCGCAGCCACUGCACGGCAGGAAAGUGCGUUCAUCCAACUAAUGCUACCUGAAGACAGUGAGGCGCAGCAACGGCACCAUCAAUGCAAACAUGAGUAACACCAGUACCUCGCUGUAGUUAGUCCUGGCUCAGGAGGUUUCCUUGCACAGGUUAUUAGAGGGAAUUAGUAUGACAACGCGCCGCACAGUCCGAAGCUUUAAGGAAGACCGAUUAAAGGGAAGCAACUUUUUAUUUAGUGUCCCGUGGCUGCUGAGAUUAUUUUACUCAUGGAGCUUAAAUGUUACAAGUCACAUGUCGAUGGUGAUGUCAUGUAUUUCUGCCAUGAAUGUGUGAGUGGUAACUUAAGUAUCUGCUUGACAAAUGGCCUCAGACUCUCGACUGAUCCUGAAUGAUCCUCUUGUGCGCCAACAUUUCAAUAAUGAUCUCUGACCUGCAGAGCCCCUCCAGGCCUUCAAUCCUCCCUGGAGGUUGAUCUGCACUGUAGUAUUAUUCUCCUCGAGUACUGUCGAUGACGGAUACCUAUUCGCAUCCAUCAAGGUUAUUCUUAAGUAUUCAAAAAUACCACCUUGAUUAUGUUUCUUAGGUUCUACAGUGUCGGGGCCCACUGGGCGCUACAUGCAUCGUCUAGACAGUAAAACCUUUAGAUUUGGGAGCUAAACCUGAUCCUUAUUUAUAUCACCUCGGAUCAUUGUGAAAAUACUGAUUUAUGGCUGCAAUAAAACAAAGUCGAGCUCAUGUAACAAUAGGCAGACAGUAGCUGCACAUGUCUAUUUCAAAAACAAGUUGAACAAUGUCUUUCAGGACUUUUUUUGUAAUGUAAUAAAAUGCAAUGUUGACUGAUUUAAA